AUGGAGUUACUGGCGGGGUUGCGACGAGAUCCUAAAAUUUGCACAAAAGACGGCCGACAGGUCAGUAAUUACAAUGAACUUGGUAAAGGUGAGAAGGCAACAAGUUCAAGAUCUGGAACAUCUGGAAUAAAGACAAAGUCCAGUGAUAUCUACUAUCCAGUGACGAUAUUACAGCAAAAUGACCAACGAAGUAGAGUCCACUAUAUAGGAUACUCCCACAAAUUUGAUGAGUGGUUAGAGCGGGAUGCAAUUAAGGAGAGCAGAAGUACAUGUAUGAUAAACAGCUUUCUGCUACAGCAGCUGCAGAUCCAAAUUAAAGACCAGCUGUGCUCAUGUGGAAAGAAAGACACCCAUAAAGUUAUAAGGAUCCCUAUCAACGAGCAAAGUCUAGAGGAUGUUGGGAUGUUAAUAUCAAAGGCAGUAUUACACAAAGUGACCCAUGGAAAGCAUGUUUACUGCAUCAGAAAUAGACAUGCUUUGGAAAAGUUCCUUGGGGUUAGUUGGGACUUCAGGAUUAUAAAUCAGCAAGGUGACAAUUUCUAUGUCAUCACAGACACAGUGAGGUUUUGGGUCCAUGAAAGAAAGCCGAUGAAAGAAUACAUUUUGUAUCCAGAUUAUGCAGAGGAAACCUACUUAAACAGAGGAAUGACAUUCUGUUUUGCUUUUGUUGUGAGCCCUGGAAACAAAGUUUUGUGGCCAGACUUGUUAAAUGCUGAUAAGUUAUAGACA